AUGGUGAACGAUUUGGUUAGCUCGCAACAACACAUUCAGAACAACAUGCAGUCCAACAAUGACGUGGUGCAUAGGCUGCAAGACGCUCAAGUUGAACAAAAGGCAGCCAUGGACAUGCUAGCAAAGCAGCUCUCCCAAAUCGCGACUUCUUUGAGUGAGAUGCGCGAAAACGAAGGAAGGAUCCCUGCCUCAGUUAAGCCACUGGAUAGGGCGAACAUCAGUCAAAUCACCCUCAGAUCUGGACGAGGGUAUGAAGAAACAAGGGAAGCCGAAACAUGGGAAGUCAAAACAGUGGAUGAUGACAAGAGCAAAAACAGUGAAAAACCAAUAACCCAAGAAGCUGACCAGCACUUCUCAGGCCCAGGAGUUGAGGUUGAGAUAGAAGAAAUCAGGAAAGAGACAGGAGAGUCUUCUGAGGAAGAUAUCAGCCACAAGGAGAAGCAACAAGUUAUCAAAGAGUUUAUCAUCGGGAAGACCAUACCCAGCGGCAAAAUAGUGAUUGGAGAAAUUGUGUCGGUAGUGAUUCAGAAGAGAAGAAUGCCCUCCAAGCGUACUGACCCAGGUAUGUUCACUUUCCCCAUUUCAAUUGGGAACAUUAAAGUCGAGCAUGCUAUGUGCGACCUAGGUGCAUCAAUAAAUGUUUUACCGCUUUCCCUCUAUAAGAAACUAGAAGGAGUAAGAAUGGUUGAUACGAAAGUGGUAAUUCAAUUAGCUGAUUGGUCGUGCAUCAGUCCCGAGGGCGUGUUCGAGAAUGUAAUAGUCAUGGUGCAUGAUUUUCUAUACCCCGUUGAUUUCCAUGUUAUUAAGAUAAGCGAGUACCAGUCUGCUGAGUCUAGCGGAGUGCUUUUAAGAAGGCCAUUUUUACGCAUCGCUAAGACAAUCAUUGAUGAACAGGUGGAAAAUUCGGAGUUGAGUCACUCCAUUGACAAGGAGGUGGCCAAUUGGUGCGAGGCAAUAAACACACUGAGAAAGACAGAUGAAGAGUUAGUAGAAGCAAUUCUGGAAUUCUGUAAGAGUCCUGAAUCUGCCAGGUCUAAGAGAUCAGCCCACGCAACCAGUGUAGAAAAUUUGCCUAAACCCGAAGGAUUGCUCACCAAGGAGACGAAAAAGAUCAAUUACCUCAGGAGAUAA